CCUUGGCUCAGUCAGUCACUUCCAGAUCCAGCCACAGACUAUAACACAUUGCUCGAGUUCGGUUCCCAGCAUUUUCUAUUCUAAGCCAUUGAGAGUGCACACAAAACACAAGAUGCCCAAAGUGACUACCGAGCGUCGCAAGGCGGAAGCCUCAUCCUCUACAGCUGCUGCACGGUACACCAGCGGGCGCGCAUUGCAUUCCGCUUACUGUCCAAAACCUGGCCCAGUCGGAGGCGGUAAAGAACCUCUAGCAGGUGGACCUGUUAAAGUCGCCCCGAAGACACCGCUGCCUCGCGUUUGGAAUUGCAACAAGCCCAAGAUCUUGAAGAGUUUCAACGUAUAUGGCAAGCAGGCUUUGCAGCCAACUGGCAAGGCAGCCAACACCACCACCGUCCGGAGGUGGGUGAAUCCUCCGUAUCCAGUCGAUCGCCCGAAGACCAAGAACCGAGGUGAUGGGCCACGCAAUUACGAUACCUUAUACGUGCCCCUAGACGAUGAUGAUAGAGUUAAUGCCACUGCCCAGAUACCCCAGCCAGCAUUAGGCAAUAUCUCGAAGGCAGUAGAAGCCAAGCGCAGGCAGGUCUACAUAAACCGCUGGACCCAACUGGAAGCUAACCAGGAAGUGCUCAAGGAGGAACAGCCACCCUUUAGGCAGUUUCCGUGCCUGCUGCCGGCAGGCGAGCGGCAUUCGCUUAAGGUGCAGACGAGUAACGACGACAUGGUUAAGCUUAUAGCCGAGGUGAGGGAGAUCCGUCAGCAGCUGUGCAUUGGGAGUGAGCCGCCGUUGCCGCCACCACCUCAAUUUGCCGGGGAGUUCCAGCCGCCGCCGCCACCGCUUGUGCGCAGCCGUACCCAAACGUAUUUCUCAAUUUGCGACUGCCCCCACCCGAAACUGUACGAGUAUGUCAGACGUCUGCCCCAUGCCUCGACUCCAUUUACUCCGACUCAGACCGAGCAAGGCGAAUCUGGAUCUGGAUCUGCGGCGGAUAAUUAAUUUGAAAGCGUCCUCGUCCUGCGUUUUUCGUUACCCGUUGCAGGAGGUUUUGUUCAUUGAAUAUGUGACCGAUCCGGGUGGGGACUGGUGACAAGUAGAAGUUCCCAUUUGAUGGAUAAAAAGAAAUUUAAGAAGUUUGAAAUGAAUAAAUAAUUAAAAAUAUAAGAGUAUUCGAAGCUAAAUCCCAGCUAAA